UACCAUAAAAAUUAACCUUUCUUCUUUUUAAAUAAAAUCAGCCAAAGUGUCUCAUUCAAACCAUUUUCAGUUUCAUCACAUUUUUAUAACCUUACCACACAAACAAACAUAUACAUGCACCCAUAACAUAACCAAAUGUUCAGUUUCAUUUUCAAACUCUUAUGAAAAUGAAUUCAGACCCAAAAAUCAUCAUUGAAUUAGAUUGAUUCCCUUCUCUACAUUCAUUUAUGAUGAACCAUUUAUUCAUUCUUUCUACCGUCUUCCUACAAAGCUUUUGGUUUUCUCUCUUCCUUUGAAAAACACCAAAAAAAAUAUUUUUAUUUUUUAAUUUUUAAAAAGAUUGAAUUUUGAUCAAAUUCAUUAUGACCCAGAUGAUGAAAAACUCAAUUCCAUGGCCAACAAUUAUGGUGGUGAUUUCUUGGUACAGUUCAAAUAUUGGGGUGCUUCUAAUGAACAAGUACUUAUUAAGCAACUAUGGUUACAAGUUUCCUGUUUUUCUCACCAUGUGUCACAUGAUGUUAUGUUCUGUUUUCAGCUACGUUGGAAUUUAUGUUAUGGAUAUUGUACCUUUGCAGAGUGUUCAAUCUAAGAAUCAGUUGUUCAAAAUCUGCGGAUUAAGUGUUGUUUUUUGUUUCUCAGUUGUUUGUGGGAACAUUUCUCUUAAUUAUAUUCCGGUGUCGUUUAAUCAAGCUAUUGGAGCUACUACACCUUUUUUCACUGCUAUUUUUGCUUAUUUUGUGAGUAGAAAAAGAGAAGCUUGGGUUACUUACGGUACCCUUUUGCCUGUUGUUACUGGUGUUAUCAUUGCUAGUGGGGCUGAACCAAGUUUUCAUCUAUUUGGAUUUAUAAUCUGUGUUUCAUCAACUGCUGCCAGAGCAUUUAAAUCAGUGCUUCAAUCUAUUUUGUUGUCCUCAGAAGGAGAAAAAUUGGAUUCUAUGAACCUGCUGCUUUAUAUGGCACCUAUAGCAAUGAUGGUGUUACUUCCUGCAACAUUGUUGAUGGAGGGAAACGUGCUUCGGAUGACAAUAGAGCUUGCCAGAGAGGAUUUCAGAAUUAUUUGGUAUCUGCUUUUGAGUUCAUCUCUUGCAUAUUUUGUCAACCUCACUAAUUUUUUGGUGACCAAAUAUACAAGUGCUCUUACCCUUCAGGUGUUAGGAAAUGCAAAGGGUGCAGUUGCAGUGGUGAUCUCAAUUUUGAUAUUUCAAAAUCCAAUUUCAAUGAUAGGAAUGCUUGGCUAUGUACUCACUAUCAUUGGAGUUAUAUUGUAUAGUGAAACCAAGAAGAGAUAUAGUACUUAGAAACUAGUAAAAAAAUUAACAAGAUCACAAUCAUAGUGGAUUCUGUUAUUUACAUGCAAUAGGACCAACACAAUUAAUAUGAGUUUGCACUUGCAGCACACAAAGUAUUUCAUUUGGACCUACUUGUUUAAUCAUUUCCCUAGGAUUGUGGGAGUAGUAGGCACAUUGGCCAUAAACAUUUUGAUGUGGACUUGAGUUUCAUUGAUGUUUCAUAGGUAGUCAUUUUCAAUUUGCUUUGAUAUCUUCAUUCACUUGCAACUGCUUCUUCAUAGCAUUUUUAGAAGGAAUUUUCAAUAUAAUUCAUGAGAAGCAAAGUAAUCUAUUAUUUGUGAAAAGAAAGAACUUUUUUUUUUCACUUGCAA